UCUCGUGGCAAGCAGAGAGCGUUCGUCACUCGCAUCUCCUCCGCCUCCGGUAUCCAACCUCCCGCACCAAAUCCCAAUCCGGAUCCCCCACGCUAAACCCUAGCUUUAAACCCCCGAAUCCAACCAAUCCCCGCGCCGAUUCCCGCCAUUUCGCGCACCUCGUGCCAGGAUCUGCUCCUGGGCGGCGCUCUUUUAGAAAAAAACCUGGCAGAUUUCGACUUCUGCAAUGGAGCCCGUCGAUUUCGGUGGGGGCAAAGGUUAUGGAAGGAAUCUCUGUCUGAGCAACGAUCUGAUCCUUCUGGAGUAAGGUUUUGUGCUGGGUGGAUUUGGGAUUCGAUGUGGCUGGAGUUGAGCUCAUCUCGGGGAGAAGGGAUUCGGACGGUGUUUGAUCUUUCUGUCGUGAUUGCUUUGCUUCGGGUUUGCUCAGCGCUAGAAGAUUUGCUCGCAGAAUCCCGCGCGGAGUUUUGAAGAAAGCUUGGUAUUUCCUGGUUCGUUGUGGUUUGUAAGCGAUGCAGUUCGAGGACGGGGGAGAUGUUCAUGUUGGUGCCGGUGAGGGUGAAGAUGGUGGCAGGGUCACAGUGGAUGAGCUUACCAGAUGUCUACGUUGUGGCAUCAGUGCAAAUGCGACGCCUCAUAUGCGCCGUGGACCAGAGGGACGGAGAACUUUAUGCAAUGCUUGUGGUAUAGCAUGGGCAAAGGGAAAAGUGCGAAAAGUUAUUGAUUCUGAUACCCCCAUGGAUAAUGCCAUGUUUGCACAAAUGGUUCCAGAACUUAGCAUGGAAUUCGAUGACGAAGAUAAAGCAUAUGAGUUCUACAACAGGUACGCUGGACAUGUGGGAUUCAGUGUUCGUAAAAGUUCAUCGGACAAAUCAGCUGAAAACAUCACAAGGUCAAGAACCUUUGUAUGCUCGAGAGAAGGUUUUCGUAAGGACAAGAAAGGAGCUAAGGAAGUUAAAAGACCACGGCCAGAAACAAGAAUAGGGUGUCCUGCACGAAUGUCAAUUAAGAUUACAUCUGAUGGUAAAUAUCGUAUAUCUGAAUUCGUACCAGAUCAUAACCAUCAGCCAGCACCCCCAUCAACCAUGCAUAUGCUGAGGUCUCAGAGAGUACUCACUGAGCUGCAAACAACUGAAGCAGACUCCUCAGAAGAAUCAGCGACACCAUCAAGGUUUUCUAGUUGCUCUUUGGUGAAGCAAGCAGAAGUAAUUAGACAUACCAAUUUUCUCCCUGCAGAAUACAGGUGCUCUCUUUGUUCAAAGCGCAAGAAAAAUAUGCAACCUGGUGAUGCAGGAGUAACUGUAAAGUACCUGCAAAGCAUGCAGCUAAGCAACCCUUCUUUCUUUUAUGCUGUCCAGCUUGAUGAGGAUGACAAACUGACAAACAUUUUCUGGGCCGAUUCCAAAUCUAGAACCGACUUCAGCUACUACAGUGACGUGGUUUGUUUGGACACAACCUACAAGAUAAAUGAACAUAGCAGACCAUUAACACUAUUCCUUGGAGUGAACCACCACAAGCAAAUCUCCAUAUUUGGUGCUGCCUUGCUUUAUGAUGAAUCAGAAGAGUCUUUCAAGUGGCUAUUUGAUACAUUCAAGAUUGCUGCAAAUGGAAAGCAACCAAAAACAAUCUUGACAGAUUGGUCUAUGGCAGCAACUACGGCUUCUGCGAUAACAGCAGCAUGGCCUGGAACAGUUCAUCGCCUUUGUCCAUGGCAAGUGUACCAAAACUCUGUCAAGCACCUUAAUCACAUCUUUCAAGGCUCCAAAACAUUUGCAAAGGAUUUCGGAAAAUGCGUUUAUGACUACGAUGAUGAAGAGAACUUCUUGCUUGGAUGGAAUACUAUGCUAGAGAAGUAUGAUCUACGAAACAAUGAGUGGAUUAAAAAAAUAUUUGAUGAUCGUGAUAAAUGGUCUCCAGUAUACAAUCGCCAUGUAUUCACUGCAGAUAUAAAAAGUUCUUUGCAGUCGGAAAGUGUUAGAAAUGCCUUGAAGAAGUCCUUGAGUCCACAAUUUGACCUGUUAUCUUUCUUUAAGCACUAUGAAAGAAUGCUUGAUGAGUUUCGUUAUGCAGAGUUACAAGCUGAUUUUCAUGCAAGCCAAAGCUUCCCUAGAAUUCCUCCAUCCAAAAUGCUGAGACAGGCUGCUAACAUGUACACACCAGUGGUCUUUGAAAUUUUUCGCAGGGAGUUUGAGAUGUUUGUCGAUUCCGUGAUUUAUAGCUGUGGAGAGGAUGGAAAUGCAUUCGAAUAUAGAGUAGCAGUAACAGAUAGGCCUGGGGAACACUAUGUUAGGUUUGACUCUGGCGACUUAUCUGUUGUAUGCAGUUGUAAAAAAUUUGAAGCAAUGGGUAUCCAGUGUUGCCAUGUGUUGAAAGUUCUAGAUUUCAGAAAUAUAAAGGAGUUACCACAAAAAUAUUUCAUGAAAAGAUGGAAGAAGGAUGUCAAGUCUGCAAGUACAGGCAAUCAAGAACUUCUGAAUGGAGGAGUUUCACAAAUUCCCAGCUCUUAUUUGAAUGUUCCCGUGCCAUUUAUAGAUCCACAACAUGUGCAAUCAAAUAACGAGCUUAACCAUGACACUUCUGUUUCUAACUCCCACCAGCAGGCCCUUCAUGGAGGUGCACAGGGAAGUCAGGGUUAUGCUCCCUUAGCAGGGAUUCAGCAGCAGCAGUUUAUUGGAAAUUUUCGCCUGAACCAUGAAACAGGUUUCUUAUGAAAAACAGAACUGGCGCUUUUGCCCUGUUCUUGUCUUCCAAAAACUUUUUUGCUCUGUUAUUCCAAAGACAAUGACACAAGACAUCGAAACAGUCUCUAGUCUCUACCUUUACAUCUCCCUUGUAAAUUCUAAUUCAUAUUUCGUAGCAUCACAAAUAUACAAGCUCAAUAGUUUUCAGGAAACUACGUUCAGAGUUUAAACGCUGUUGGACCUUGGAGGAAGUACCCGCUAAGACAUAAGUCUGAUUAUUGGCCUAAAAUAAGGUUGUAUUAUUAGCAUAUGUGAUGUAGUAUAUACAGACAUACAGUUCGUAGUUCUGGUGAUUUUGCAGAAGCUUUCAAUUGCUUCGCUGCCAAAUGGCCACUUCAACCAUGCACUCUUUUAAUCUAAUGCUCUCACUGUUUCCAAUUUUCA